AUGCUCAAAGGCAAGCUCAAGCUUCCAGCUCCGGACAAGGUUCGGAGGGUCUUUCCUGAUCGGCUCGGAAGCUUGGUCGCUGGAUUCGAAGAAAAAGACAAUGAAAUCGAAGCAGUUGAAUUCGAACUCGAUUCCGGCGAGGAGCUCGAGCCGAUUCAACCCGGCGAGUUAGGGUUUCAUAGAAAAAGUGAUGAUGGUGAUGAAGCCAAGGCUUAUGAUGACAAUGGCCAAAUAAUUCGGCAGAGACCGAACAGAGAUACUGUUACUCCGGUUUCGGUGUUGAAAUCCAUUUCGGACGAGGAGAAAAGAUCGGAUCUGGAAUACGAGCUUUCUCAAAGGGAGAUUAAUUUGGAAAAGUUGCAAAGAAUUGCUAGUACUGGUAUUCCUGAUGGAGGAGGUUUGCGUGCUACAGCUUGGAAGCUACUAUUGGGUUACUUACCAUCAUCUCAUGACCUGUGGGACAAGCAACUAAAAGAGAAUAGACAAAAAUAUGCUAACUUGAAAAAGGACCUUCUCCGGAAUCCGUCGGAACAAAUGUGGAAAGAAUAUGAGGAAUUAAGUUCGACUAAACGGAACGAGGAGAAUGAUGUUGAUGGUCCCCUUAAGAGACGUCAAAUUUCUCAUGAAGAUCACCCUUUGAGCCUCGGUAAAGCUAGCCUCUGGAGUCAAUAUUUUCAACAUACAGAGAUAGUAGAACAGAUAGAUCGAGAUCUGCAGCGUACACAUCCAGAUUUGCCAUUCUUCUCAGGGGAGUCAUCAUUUAGUUGCAAAAAUAGGGAAGCGAUGAAGAGUAUUUUUCUCCUUUUUGCAAAGUUAAAUCCUGAGAUCCGUUAUGUACAAGGAAUGAACGAGGUCUUGGCACCAAUAUACUACGUCUUUAGUACUGACUCUGACAAGCAAAAUGCUGCAAAUGUUGAAGCAGAUAGUUUUUCUUGUUUUGUCCGAAUCUUGGGCGACUCAGUGGAUCAUUUCUGCCAACAAUUUGAUAAUAGUUCAAGUGGCAUCCUCGCUACUCUUUCUCGCUUGUCAGAUUUACUAGAAGUAAAUGAUGAGCAAUUAUGGCGUCAUCUUGAAUUUACAACAAAGGUCAAACCACAAUUCUAUGCAUUCCGGUGGAUUACACUGCUACUCACGCAAGAGUUCAAAUUUGAGUCUAUCUUGAGAAUAUGGGAUACACUUCUGAGUAACCCUUUUGGUGUUCAGGAUAUGCUUCUCCGGAUCUGUUGUGCAAUGCUACUUUGCGUGAAAAGCAAACUGCUAAGUGGUGAUUUUGUGGCCAAUUUAAAACUUUUACAACACUACCCCGAUGAUGUCAACCUAGAAUACCUCCUUCAGGUAGCCAAGGAUAUUAGUCCUGACACAUCUUAUUAUUGUUUAUCACUUUGA